AUUUUACGAAGAUUUACUUCAGAAAAACAUGGAAAGCAACUCUUUAGGUGAAAAAUCGUUCAUUCCUGUCCAAAAUAGGAUUGAUUGUGCAACUGGCCACACCACCAGUGAUCACACGAACGAGAAAACAACAGAUGACAUUGGUGAUAGAGCCAAGGCACAUAUGGAUAGCGUGGCGAAUGACAUUCAAAAUUCCAAGCAGAAGAUGCCCACCACCGUGGAUGGCAUCCACGUGGAUGAGGCUAUUGAAAAGGUAAAGAAUGCUAUUGGUCAUUGUGAUCAGAUACUCGACCUGCUCAGAAAGAUGGCGAAGCUGCAACACUGCAGGGAGAUGAAGAAGACGACAUACCAAAGAACCACUAAACAGUGAAUAGAUGCAAAUAUCUUGUCGGAUGUGACGCAGGACUAAUAUAAAGGUGUACACAAAUCGGGCAAUCGCCAUCUUGAAAAGACAUGCUAAAUAAAGACUCAGAAUUGGAAAACGUAUGUUAGAAUAUUGUGAUAACAAAAAUGUCAGAGAAAUUGUUUUAUAUGUAGAGGCUAAUAAAUUAUUUUCAGACAGAGGCGAGU